UGAUUCUGUUUAGUUCGUGUUCAAGCGUCCAACAUUAUACACGUAUCUUUCGCUCGGUCGCGAUGUGUGCUGCGAUCGAUAUGCUGUCUUCGGAGCAACAUUUCUACGGCUGCAGUCCGCCGGCCGGCUUUCUGAUGGACUACGCGCCUCCUGUCAGGCGUCUAUCCACCAGGCAGUACUCAGCUCCCUGCCUAUCAGUGCUCAAGCCGAUACACCUGACGCUCAAGACUGCCACCCGGUCCUGCCUGCGUCUACAGACAGAAAAGACAAACAAGAAAGUCGUGUUCGCCGACGACAGGGGACUAGCGCUGGAACAAGUGAAGUUUAUGACAGAACCGUCCCACGUACCACCGUAUUGGGCGCUCAAACUGGUCGCGAGUCCUCCUGUCGAGAGAAAACCGCCGCCUCAACCCACAACGGAUCUAUGGGAACCGGCUUUCGUGCAACCGGCGUCCAACUACGUGGAAUUCCGCCGGAGGAUCACCCAGGAGUGUGUUGCGUUGGAGAAUGUGAUAGUGAAACAGAAGGAAGGAGCGGUGGACGGUACAGUGAAAGUGAAAAACUUGGACUUUGCAAAGGAGAUCUUCGUCAGGACGUCGGCUGACGGAUGGCAGACGAACGAGGACACGACGUGUGCGUUUGUGGAGUCCGGGCCUGUCGGCAGCAACGGACAGAGCUUGUAUGACACGUUCAGCUUUCGGCUGCAACUGCCCAUCCACUCCAGAAGGCUAGAUUUCUGCGUCUGUUUCCGAUGCAAAGGCGAAGAGUAUUGGGACAGCAACGGCGGUAACAACUACACGAUAGAAAAGCAAUCAGUUCGGAACUCGUCAACGAAUUCCUGUGCCAGAAUAAAGUAUGGGAACUCCUGGAGUUCUCGGUCGAUAAACGCAGCUGGUACGACGCCAUAUUGGUGAAAGGCUGGAUGCUGAUUGGUGGAAUAUCCUGCAGUUGAAUCGGUGAUAUCCGAAAACCAACUUGUCCCGUCGUGGCUGUGCGCGUGCAUCAGACGUCCUUUUAAGGAAUACCUAAGUAUAUGAUUUUAUGUAAGUGCCAUAGAUGUAAUGUAGUCAGUGAGUAAAGUUAUAAAUGAUUCGUUAUGUUUAUGUAAGUGUCAGUAUGCUUACAUUGAUUGUAAAUGUGAAACAAUGGAAUGAAAAGUCUUUGUCCGAGAAAAACAGCGAGAAUUGGUUCACAUAACUGUAAGUUAUUUGUUAGUAUUUAUUGUACUGCAAAUACAUAAGACAGAGAAAAUUACAAAACUAUUUUUUUAUAAUUUUAAGUUGAGUAGUAGGUAGUUUCGUAAACAAAUAUUUGACCAGGUAGGUAGGUGUCAUGCUGGCCAUGCAAUCCUCUAGGAGGUGAGACGAUUCUGUAUAUUUUGUAUAGCUAUGGAGUUCAUAACUGUUUAUUUAAGUAUAAAAUAUAGUUUUUUAUUUUAUAUACUACAUACGUUGAAUUGUUACAGAAUAGACAUAAGGCAUACAAACUACUAUAAUGCCUACUACUAUAAUUAAUUACUUAAUAAAAUUGUAUACUAACUUUCGUAUGUAUAUAUGAAGAUAGGUAACAAAUUAAAAGCCAUGUAAAUUUUGUCUCGAACAUUGAAUUUAUAUAGGUAUUUUUUAAGUAAGUAAUUUAUAUUUUAUGUUGGUAAGUAUUAAUUUUAACACAAACAAGUGCCAUUAUUUAUUUAUCAUAUAUGAUUUUAGUCUGAUUGAAUUGUAUGAAUUUAUUAAAUUGAUAAAUUAUGAUAUAAGUAUGUAUAGUAACCGGCAGAUAAACCUGACCACUAGUUUGAUAGCGCUAUUGAGGAGGGGUCUUCUGUGGACUGUAUAAUAGCACGAACUGCUAAAAAAUACAGAAACUUUGCUUAUUAUGUUUAGUCAAAAAGAACUGAUUAUUCUGUAAUUUAGAUAGAUUUAGUAGUUUUUUUUGUUAAUUUUAAUUUAAUUUUUUAUGUUUAUUAUGCAAAUAAUUUGAAUACUGACUGUUUCCAUCUGUUUUGCAAGAAUCAAAAUAUUAUUGAAUAAAAUUUUAUACUAUUUAAAAAGCUGUUACUGAA